AUGACGGUUGAAAAAAAGAUUCCGUGUUGUCCCAGUCUGCGCAGGGGGCCGUGGAGGCGGACACGCUUCGGGAGUGGAGCUGGAUUUGAGAAACGGGCUUGCGGAGAGGGCCUGAAGGAGAGCUCGGCGGGUCCCAGCCGCUGGCCCGGCAGGGGUCAGUGUCCGCAGAAGCCGGCGAUGACCGCGCGCGCCCUCCUCCGAGCCGCCGGGUUUCCCGACGGCGCCGGGCUCUGCGUCGCGGGGCGCUGCGCUCGCUGCCCGCCGUGGGUGCAGCCGGGGCAGAGGCCUCGGCUGCUGGGACUCCUGCUCCUGCUGCUGCUCCUGUCGCCCGCGGCCCUCUCCGCCGUGUUCAAAGUGGGAGUCCUGGGUCCCUGGGCUUGCGACCCCAUCUUCGCGCGGGCCCGCCCGGACCUGGCGGCGCUCCUGGCCACCGAGCGCCUGAACCGUGACCUUGCCCUGGAAGGCGGCCCGCGCUUCGAGGUGGCGCUGUUGCCCGAGCCCUGCCGGACGCCGGGCUCCCUGGGCGCCGUGUCUUCCGCGUUAACCCACGUCUCGGGCCUGGUGGGUCCCGUGAACCCCGCAGCCUGCCGGCCAGCCGAGCUCCUUGCCCAAGAGGCUGGGGUGGCGCUGGUGCCCUGGGGCUGCCCCGGGGCGCGGGCGGCCGGCACGACGGCCCCGGCCGUGACUCCCGCAGCGGAGGCUCUCUACGGCCUGCUUCGAGCCUUCCGCUGGGCGCGCGUGGCUGUGGUCACCGCACCCCAGGACCUGUGGGUGGAGGCCGGUCGCGCUCUGUCCACAGCGCUCAGAGCCCGGGGCCUGCCGGUCGCCCUGGUGACCUCCAUGGAGCCCCCGGACCUGUCUGGCGCCCGGGAGGCCCUGGAAAGAGUCCGGCAGGGGCCCAGGGUCAGAGCUGUCAUCAUGGUGAUGCACUCGGUGCUGCUGGGAGGCGAGGAGCAACGCUACCUACUGGAGGCCGCAGAGGAGCUGGGCCUGGCCGAUGGCUCUGUGGUCUUCCUGCCCUUCGACACGCUCCACUAUGCCUUGGCCCCAGGCUCCGAGGCCUUGACGGCGCUCGCCAACAGCUCCCGGCUUCGCAGGGCGCACGAUGCGGUGCUCACCCUCACGCGGCACUGCCCUCUGGGAGGCAGCGUGCGGGACAGCCUGCGCAGGGCCCAGGAGCACCGGGAGCUGCCCCCGGACCUCAACCUGCAGCAGGUCUCCCCGCUCUUUGGCACCAUCUACGACGCCGUCUUCCUGCUGGCUGGCGGCGUGGCCGGCGCGCGAGCGGCCGCGGGCGGCGGCUGGGUGUCGGGAGCCGCGGUGGCUCGCCAGGUCCGGGGCGCCCACGUCCCCGGCUUCUGCGGAGCCCUGGGAAGAAGCGGGGAGCCCUCCUUUGUGCUGCUGGAUACGGACGCGGCGGGCGACCGGCUCCUCGCCACGUACGUGCUGGAUCCCCUCCAGGGCUCCCUGCGCUCCGCCGGGACCCCGGUGCACUUCCCCCGCGGCGGCCCGGCGCCCGGGCCGGAUCCCGCGUGCUGGUUCGAUCCAGAUGUCAUCUGCAACGGAGGAGUGGAGCCAGGACUCGUCUUUGUCGGCUUCCUUCUGGUGGUGGCGAUGGGGCUGACCGGAGCCUUCCUGGCCCAUUAUGUGAGGCACCGGCUCCUUCACAUCCAAAUGGUCUCGGGCCCUAACAAGAUCAUCCUGACUUUGGACGACAUCACCUUCCUUCACCCGCAGGGGCCGAGUGCCCGAAAGGUGGUCCAGGGAAGCAGAUCGAGUCUGGCUGCACGCAGCACGUCAGACAUUCGCAGCGUCCCCAGUCAGCCUGCGGACAGCACCAACAUCGGCAUCUAUGAGGGAGACUGGGUUUGGCUAAAGAAAUUCCCAGGGGAUCGACACGUAGCUAUCCGCCCAGCAACAAAGACUGCCUUCUCCAAGCUGCGGGAGCUCCGGCACGAGAAUGUGGCCCUCUACCUGGGGCUGUUCCUGGCGGGUACAGCAGACAGCCCAGCUGCCCCUGGGGAGGGCACUUUGGCUGUCGUCUCAGAGCACUGUGCCAGGGGCUCCCUCCAUGACCUCCUUGCCCAAAGAGACAUAAAGCUGGACUGGAUGUUCAAAUCUUCCCUCCUGCUGGACCUCAUCAAGGGAAUGAGGUAUCUGCACCAUCGCGGAGUGGCUCACGGGAGGCUUAAGUCACGGAACUGUGUGGUGGAUGGGAGGUUCGUGCUCAAGGUGACUGACCACGGUCAUGGGCGACUUCUGGAAGCGCAGAGGGUGCUACCCGAGCUUCCCAAUGCCGAGGAUCAGCUGUGGACAGCCCCGGAGCUGCUUAGGGACCCAGCCUUGGAGCGCAGGGGUACUUUGGCCGGAGAUGUCUUCAGCCUGGGUAUCAUCAUGCAGGAAGUUGUGUGCCGCAGCGCCCCCUAUGCCAUGCUGGAGCUAAGCCCUGAGGAAGUGGUGCAGAGGGUGCAGAACCCCCCUCCACUGUGCCGGCCCGCCGUGUCCAUGGACCAGGCGCCCAUAGAGUGCAUCCAGCUGAUGACCCAGUGCUGGGCAGAGCAGCCGGAACUUCGGCCCUCCAUGGACCGCACCUUUGACCUGUUCAAGAGCAUCAACAAGGGCCGGAAGACGAACAUCAUCGACUCCAUGCUGCGGAUGCUGGAGCAGUACUCUAGUAACCUGGAGGAUCUGAUCCGGGAGCGCACGGAGGAGCUGGAGCUGGAGAAGCAGAAGACGGACCGGCUGCUCACGCAGAUGCUGCCGCCAUCCGUGGCUGAGGCGCUGAAGAUGGGGACACCAGUGGAGCCCGAGUACUUUGAAGAAGUGACACUGUACUUCAGUGACAUUGUGGGUUUCACCACCAUCUCAGCCAUGAGUGAGCCCAUUGAAGUGGUAGACCUGCUCAAUGACCUCUACACGCUCUUUGAUGCCAUUAUUGGUGCCCACGAUGUCUACAAGGUGGAGACAAUUGGGGAUGCCUAUAUGGUGGCCUCGGGGCUGCCGCAGAGGAACGGGCAGCGGCAUGCAGCAGAGAUUGCCAACAUGUCACUGGACAUCCUCAGUGCAGUGGGCUCUUUCCGCAUGCGCCACAUGCCUGAGGUGCCCGUGCGCAUCCGCAUUGGUCUGCACUCAGGCCCGUGCGUGGCUGGCGUGGUGGGCCUUACCAUGCCCAGGUACUGCCUGUUCGGGGACACAGUCAACACUGCCUCCCGCAUGGAGUCCACCGGGCUGCCUUACCGCAUCCACGUGAACAUGAGCACCGUGCGGAUCCUCUGCGCGCUGGACCAGGGCUUCCAGGUGGAGCGGAGAGGUCGCACAGAGCUGAAGGGCAAGGGCGCUGAGGACACGUAUUGGCUUGUGGGCAGACUGGGAUUCAACAAGCCCAUCCCCAAGCCGCCAGACCUGCAACCCGGGGCCAGCAACCACGGCAUCAGCCUGCAGGAGAUCCCCCCAGAGCGACGCCUGAAGCUGGAGAAAGCCAGGCCUGGCCAGUUCUCGGGGAAGUGAAUCCCGGCUGCUCAAGGGACAGG